AUGAUGAGUAAUAAUUUGAAGAAACCAUCUAUAUUCAGUUCAGUAGAACUGCUCGCUAAAUCGGACGACGGAAAAUCGUCAUCAACAUCAUUAUCAUCAUCAUCAUCAACACCAUUAUCAACAUCAACGUUCUCAUCAUCUAAUAACUUCGCCCCUCUAUUCACUUAUUCACCAGCCUCAGGAUCAUGUUGUUCACCUUUUGCACCAUUCAAUUGUUCCUCAAGUAGCUCGUUGUUAACUGGUUUAUCACAAGCAAAUAUUCGAAAUUGCGAUCAUAAAGAACAAACAGAUGCUAACAGCUGCAGCCAAUACAGCAUACAGCAUAUCUUGGCACCAAUUCAAAAUGUGAGUUCACUCAAAGACGAACGGAGACACUGUGUACCCCAGCAAUCUACCUACGAUCUAUCGUUCGUUCGUGCGUCAAAUUUGAAAAGAAACCGUGAAGGGAAAAAAACAUUUUUGUCUCCCUAUUGCAGAAGCACUCCACUCAUCCGAGUUGAUGUUGAAAACAAGUUCAGCAAACGAAGGAAACUUGAUGAAUCGUCCUUUGUCAUGCCCUCCCCAAUUUAUCCGCCGAUGUUCAGCACUCCUCAUCUCAGUAAAUCAAGAAUGGAUUCUGGGUUCCAAAGUUUCAACGCUACAUUUUUGUAUACACCCAUGCAAACAAAUGAAGUUCUUUCUCAUUCAAGCAAGCAAAUCUUUUGGCAGGAAAAACCAGUUGAAAGGAACGUUGAACAUGUGAAUAGUGGACGAGGAAUAAAGAACCCACUACUGCAGAACCACCUGAUCAAACAGUUGCACGAAGGACAAGAUCUCAGUGUGCAGACAAAAUACAACGAGUUCUUAUGUCGAGUUUGUUUGAAAAGCUUUCCUUUGCAGCGACUUCUCAAUCGCCACGUCAAGUGCCACACGGACAUCAAACGCUACCUCUGCACAUUUUGUGGCAAGGGUUUCAACGACACUUUCGACUUGAAGAGACACACAAGAACACACACUGGAGUCCGUCCAUACAAAUGCGAGCAUUGUGACAAGGCAUUCACACAACGUUGUUCACUGGAGUCACACGCGCGGAAGGUGCACAACGUUCAGUUCAAUUACAAGCACAAGGAAAGGAGAGAUAAGUUGUACGUGUGUGAGGAGUGUGGUCACUCGACGAGACAGUCUAAGGAGUAUUUUGUACACAUGAAGGACCAACAUCCACACGUGCCUACGCCCAACGAAUGCAAAAAUGCAAGCAAUGACUGCCUGUUAGUUCAAAACAAAAAAACUGUAGCUGGAUGUCGGUCAAAAAAGAAAUCAUGGCAUUGCUUGGAAGCUCUCCUCGCUGUACAUGUUCACGGCUGCUGA